UUCGAGCGUGGAAUGUGCAUUGAGGGUAGUGCAUCCUUCUCGUUACAUGUCCUUAUAAUUAGAAAGAUUGCUCAGAAAACCAUGUGUUUUAAUCGGCGUAUGCCUUACGAUUAUUAAGAUAAGCAGAGUAAGGUGUUUACAUGGGCCUUCUGCCAUAAUCAGUUUAAUAUCGAAUGUUUUGUGAAUCGUUUCAUGAACAUUGUGCAGUACUGUACUCGGCCUCCAGGAUGUGUCAUUGAUUCACAUUAGGUCCAUAGGCGCACACUGCGUCCAUACGGAGACUCAGGAGCUGUCAAAAUGGCUACGACUAUGUCAUGGGCAUCAUAUCUCCUUAUUCAUUUAGUCAUAUUUUCAUGGUAUGUCUUUACGUUAUCGGCGAAUUGCUCAUUGAAAAGCACAGAGAUACAUCCAGGAGCCAAGACAUUUGGAGGCCGCUGGAAAUAUCUGACUUUCCUCAAUCUGGUUUUGCAGACUGUGUUCUUCGGGCUCGUUGUUUUGAUUGACAUCAUCCACCUGAUAUUGCCAUCCAAAAGUUUGAAGUGUGGUGUACCGUUCCUCCUAGUGAAAUUAAGAGACACCAUUUUCACUAUUUUGGCGUUUCCUAUUGGGACAUUCGUGUUCUUGUCCUUCUGGUCGAUAUAUCACUAUGACAGAGAGAUGGUCUAUCCUAAAUUUCUAGAUGACAUUAUUCCUAGCUGGCUGAACCAUGCUCUGCACACUAUCAUCCUGCCCCUGGCACUGCUGCAGAUGUAUAUUCAGCCUCAUCGAUAUGGCAGCAAGAUGAGAGGCAUCCUAGGUCUGGCCUUCUUUUCUGCGGUAUAUCUGGGAUGGGUUCUGUGGGUGCACCAUGCGGCUGGUAUCUGGGUCUACCCCAUCAUGGAGCGCCUGAGUCCCGUGGGCCUGGUUAUAUUCCUGGGGGUGGCUUGCAUCACCCUGGCCCCCCUCUACCUGCUGGGGGAGAAACUCAACCACAAAAUCUGGAGGAGCACUGCAGGAUCUGCAGGACCUCAGAAGAAAAAGAAAAAGUAAGCGUGUGCUGGUAUGAGUGCCACAGAGGGGACCAGAGAGGCCUAUAAUGUUGAUAUCACACGAGGACAGACAGGACACAGCACCCCCAGCACUGAUUACCUCAACCAGAAGAGACUGGUGGAUCUCUUGUUGGAGGUAGAAGUUGCCCCGAACCACAGAUCUAGAACCAGAUUACCUUCUCCUCAGUCCUCAUUUGAACCAUUACAAUGAAAAAAAGUAUAUUAUUCUGAUCCUAUAUCAGCAGUUAGAGGCAACUUGUGCCUGCUCUGUAUCGCUCAGGCAGAUCUCAGGCAGUGGGCAUAAUGUGCUUCUAUGGUCAAGCCAAAUUAUUUUAAGAUUAAAUUCAAUGAUUAGACUUAAUUUACUCCAAGGGGAUAUUGUGCUACUUGUCACGGUGAGAUAACAGCUCAAUAUAAAACUUAAGUUGAUCCUUAUUGGUUGUGUUAACCCAAUUGUUCUCUCACCAUCUGUGAAGUAGACUUGCACUGACUGUAGAAUAAUACUUUAGUAUAUGCAACUCUAGUGAUCGCUCUCUUUUUUGUGAUGCUAUUUCCUUUAUCAUGACGCUGUUUAACUUGAUACUGUACUGUUGGUUGUGAAAGGGACAGUUCCUUAUGUGCACUUGCUAGUUUACCCUUUGAAUUCAUGCGUAUAUGCUCACUUUUAGAACACUAAUUCCUUAUGUAACUUGGAGAGAAAUAUGAGACCAUGAUGAUGAAAUUAAAAGAUUUGAAAUAAA